AUGGCUCUGGCCUACUCGGUGCCGGUGGUCGGCUGUGCGAGACCGAGCCAGGACACCGGUGCGGUUGACCGAGAGAACCUGCCGGGACCCCCACUGCUCUGCAGUUUGUCUACGCCUUCGUCCCCAUCCAGCCCAUCAUUUGGCUGGAGGCCAUGGUGUUUUUUAGCAAGCUCCGCGGCGCUGGGCUACCGGUACAAGGCCCGAAGGCACCGCAGGAGGCCCUUUCCUUGCGCGCUGAAGGCCGACUGGGGGCAGACCCCACCCUCUUCGCAGGAAGACGUGGUAGAAUCCGACUUCAGCAGUGACGUCGGUGACGUCCUCCCUGGGUCUGAGCUCGAAGCAAUGAUGAGCGAGCUUCGGGAGCUGGAGGCUUCGAGAACUUCAAAAUCCGAAUCUGAAGGCACACCUCCGGCUGAGGAGGAGUCCUUGAUGGUGGCGCCAGAGGCCGAUAGCGCCCAGGUGGAGGAGGUCGACGUCAGGCAUCUGGAGCGCAGCGGCCAGGUUGCCGUGCUCGGCGUUCCCAAUUCCGGCAAGUCCUCCUUAGUCAACGCCCUCGUGGGCACAAAGGUAUCUAUUGUCUCCCCGAAGCCGCAGACGACGCGGCAGCGGAUCCUUGGCUUGGCCCUACUUGCUCCAACCCCAAAUUCGCCGCCCACGACGCAGGCGGUUUUUGCUGACACGGCCGGAAUCAUGGAGAUUGGCGAGUCAGUUUCAGAGUUUGCCUUCAGGCACAAGAGAAAGCGGCUGUUUCGGCCCACCAAGCUGCACAAGGCCAUGGUAAAAACCGCGUGGAAGCAGAUCAGGGCCUCGGAUGCCCUCAUAUGGGUCCUGGAUGCUUCGAAGUGCCGGGCAUAUGGUGACUACAUGCCUGCGUGUCCCGAGCUGGACGGUGUUUCCAUCGGCCCAACUGUGGAGGAUUCCUGGUGGCUCCAUCCGGAGCUGGCCGAAGAGCUGUCCUUCUUGAGGAGGCUUCGACAGUUGAACACGAAGGUGAACGUGGUACUCAACAAGGUUGACCUCCUUCGCGAGAUGAAUGCGGAUGUGGAGGAUUUUGUGGCACAAAUGAAAGACGUACUCCUUCGGGACUUGGGUGUCGACAGGAACGGCGAGGUGCUUCUGGAGAACCUGUGGCCAACUUCAGUCCUCAAGGAUCCUGACUCCCUCACUCCUCUCAAAGAGUGGCUCUGCGAAAACCUUCCCAUGCAGAGUCCGAUCUUUCCAGUGGAGAGCCUCAGCGACGUCCCGGCACGAGUGGCAGCUUCCGAGAUUACGAGAGAGAAGCUGUUCAAUGUUCUGAGGGAAGAGGUUCCCUAUCAGAUAGCCGUCAUCAACGUGGUGUGGCAAGAGGAGAAGGACGGCACCCUCCGACUUGGGCAGCGAGUCAUGGUGCACAACGAGGGACAAGUGAACAUAGUUCGAUCCUGGCUGAGACAGGUCACGGAAGAAGCCGAAGCAGAGAUCUCAGAGAUUGUGAAUCUGGGCAGGCCAGUGGAGCUCCACUUCCAGAUCCUGGUUGAUCCAAAGUGGCAGGAGAAGGAGGACUACUACCAGGACCUCCAAGGCUUGCUAGACCGAAGUGGCUCCCUCCUCUUUCCACAGUAA